AUGGCGACGACUAUUCCCGCGCAGCGCCAGGCGCAGCAGCCCGGCGUGCAACACGAGAUGGAGCCGCGGCCGUCCGUCACUCGCGAGGCAUACAAGCCGGCCGACAAGCUCAAGGGUAAGAUCGCACUGAUCACGGGAGGCGAUUCAGGCAUUGGGUGGAGCGUUGCACACUACUUUGCACUGGAGGGAGCGGCGGUGGCGUUCACGUAUGUGUCGCCGCGGGAGGACAAGGACGCCCAGGAGACCCUCCGCUUGCUGCGCGACGCCCAGCGCCCCGAGCACAAGCAGCCGCUCGCCAUCCCCGUGGACCUCAGGCACCACGACCAGUGCAAGGAGGUGGUGCGGAAGGUGGCGGAGCACUUUGGGGGGAACAUAGACGUGCUGGUGAACAACGCAGCGGAGCAGCACACCCACAAGACCCUCGAGGAGAUCUCCCCUGAGGAGUGGGACCGCACCUUCAAGAUCAACAUCCACGCCUACUUCUACAUGGCAAAGUAUGCUCUGCCGCACAUGAAGGAGGGUAGCUGCAUCAUUAACACCACAUCAGUUGCCGCCUACAGUGGCAAUCCCACUCUCCUCCCCUACUCCACCACCAAGGCUGCCAUUGUUGGUCUCACUCGCUCGCUCGCACUCAUGGUGGUUGAUAAGGGGAUCCGCGUGAAUGAGGAGAAGCACGUGGAAGGGUUUGGCAAGCAGGUGCCCAUGAAGAGGGUGGCCCAGCCGGAUGAGAUCGCCCCGUCCUAUGUGUUCCUGGCAUGCGAUGACUCCUCGUACUUCACCGGCCAAAUGCUCCACCCCAAUGUUCCUCGGUUUCCCUCCUCCACAGUCCUCUUCUCUCACCUGGUGAAGACGAUUCACAGCCGCAAGUAUGGAGUGGAUCAGGUGGUCUUCACUCACCACCCCUCAGCCGUGCUCUACUCCUCCAAAAACGGCUGGGAUGAAUCGCUGCGCUAUCUAUCCCUCUACGACAAUCGUUAUCUACGCUACUUCAAAGGUCAUCGGGACAAAACGACUCCUUCCCCUCUCUCUCGACACUCUCCUGGGCUCAUUGUCCCUGUUGCACUCUCGCCCCUCUCUCACCUGCAGAGUCGUCUCUCUGUGCAUAUCCCUCCAGAACCACUGCCCUUUUCUCCUCUCCCCCUCGAUUAUGCUGUUCCACUCAUUUCCCGUCCAGCGCUCUGUUGUCCCCCAUCCAAUCGACUUUCUCCCUUCCUCGCCAGAGUCGUCUCCCUGUGCAUGUCACCCAAAAACGACUCCUUCCUCUCAGGAGCCCUCGACCACACUGUCCGACUGUGGGACCUCAGAACUCUGAUGCGCGUGAGGGGGCGGCCAGCAGUGGCAUUCGAUCAGCAGGGGCUCGUUGCUCACCCUUGCCCUGUGCUGCUCCACCCAUCCGCUCCCCGUCCUCCCAUCCUCUUAACACUUCCUUCCCCACUCAUUCUCCAGGGUCUCAUGCACGUGAGGGGGCGGCCAGCAGUGGCAUGCGAUCAGCAGGGGCUCGUUUGCUUCACCCUUGCGUUGUUUCCCAAUGCUCCGCCCAUCCUUCCUCACAUCCCAUGGAUCUCUCGUAUUGUCCCAUCUUCCCAUCUUCCCCCCACGCAGGGCUUAAUGCGAGUGAGGGGGCGGCCAGCAGUGGCAUUCGAUCAGCAGGGGCUCGUCUUUGCAGUGGCCAUGGGGGGAGGCGCGGUGAAGCUGUUUGAUGCUCGCUCGUACGAGAAGGUGCGUCUCGCAAUCCAGCGACCUCUUGUCUCCAAUCUUGGCCGGGGUGAUGGGGGCGAUGGGGGUGAUGGGGGUGAUGGGGGUGAUGGGGGUCCCUUUGACACGAUGCUAGUGGGAGGAGACGAGGACGAGGGUCCCUUUGAUACAAUGCUGGUGGGCGGGGACGAGGACGAGGACGAGGGUCCCUUUGACACAAUGCUGGUGGGGGGAGACGAGGACGAGGUGACAUCCAUCAAGUUCAGCAACGAUGGCAACCAGAUCCUCGUCUGCACUCUCAACGGCCGCAUAUACCUGCUGGACGCGUUUGAAGGGCAGAAGGUGGGUCCUUUUUCCUGCUCCAGCUGUGGCACACGUGGUGACUGGGGAUGUAGAGCGGAGCUGUGGCAUAGGGUGUCACACAGAAUGUACAUGCCCUCCCUCCCUCCCGCCCUCCCUCCCUCCCGCCCUCCCUCCCUCCCGCCCUCCCUCCCUCCUCACUCCUCCCUCCCUCCCUCCCUCCCUCCCUCCCUCCCUCCCUCCCUCCCUCCCUCCCUCCCUCCCUCCCUCCCUCCCUCCCGCCCCUCCCUUCCUCCUCCCUCCUCCCUCCCUCCCUCCCUCCCUCCCUCCCUCCCUCCCGCCCUCCCUCCCUCCCGCCCUCCCUCCCUCCCGCCCUCCCUCCCUCCCUCCCUCCCUCCCUCCCUCCCUCCCUCCUACCUCUCCCUCCCUACCUCCCCCUCCCUCCCUCCCUCCCUCCCUCCCGUCCCUCCCUCCCUCCCUCCUCCCUCCCCUCCCCUCCCUCCCUCCCUCCUCCCUCCCGCCCUCCCUCCUCCUCCCUCCCGCCAGCCUCCCUCCCUCCCUCCCUCCUCCAUCCCUCCCUCCCUCCCUCCCUCCCUCCCUCACCUCCCUCCCUCCCUCCCUCCCCCUCCCUCCUCCCUCCCUCCCUCCCUCCCUCCCUCCCUCCCUCCCUCCCUCCCUCCCUCCCUCCCUCCCUCCCUCCCUCCCUCCCUCCCUCCCUCCCUCCCUCCCUCCCUCCCCUCCCUCCCUCCCCUCCCUCCCUCCCUCCCUCCCUCCCUCCCCUCCUCCUCCCUCCCUCCCUCCCUCCCUCCUCCCUCCCUCCCUCCCUCCCUCCCUCCCUCGCUCUCUCCCUUCUUCCCUCCCUCCCUCCCUCCCACUCCUCCCCCUCUUCACUGGUGCCUGAACAAUGGCUCGGGUGAUGGCACGGUGAAGGCUUGGAGUGCCACCACUGGCGCUCAGGUUGGCUCCCCUUCCUCCCCAUCAUCUCCCGUUGCUCUUUUUCCCCUUUCCCUCUUCCUUUUCUGUUCUCGCUCGCUCGCACAUGGAACCACAUAUUCUAUGAUGCAUGCAUGCAAGCACACUUGCAAUGACGCAUGUGCAAGCACCCUUGCAAUAAGGUGGCAACCUGGGGUAACCAUGCUGGGGUGCCAUCGGUGGUAA